CGUGACCAGGAGCCUGUGUCUGCCCAAGUCCCUCUCGUCCUGGUCUUUUUUGCCUGUCCAGACACCGUCUCCCUAUUACCCUUUGGUCGAGAGGCAAAACACAACGAAAGUAACUGGGGAAGAGAAUUCUAAACAUGGAAAAAUCAUGCGAAGGAAAAGAGGAACAACCACAGAGCACUCUAAACGCCAGUGACGAACAGUGUCCUGUGGAGCAUCCUUCUGAAAAUCAGUGUUCUGAUGAGGAUCAGUCCUCAGAGGAUCUGUCCUCGGAGGAGCAGUCCUCGGAGGAGGACUUCUUUCCUGAAGAGCUGCUGCCAGAGAUGCUGCUGGCGGAGGAGCGCCGGCCACAGGAGGGCCUCUCCAGGAAACACCUGUUCGAGGACCGCCCCCCCAUGGAGCAGCCUCCUUGUGGGGUGGGCAAACACAAGCUGGAAGAGGGAAGUUUCAAAGAAAGGCUGGCCCGUUCUCGCCCACAAUUUAGAGGGGACAUACAUGGUAGAAAUUUAAGCAAUGAGGAAAUGAUACAGGCAGCAGAUGAGAUGGAAGAGAUGAAAAGAGUAAGAAACAAACUGCUGAUAAUGCAUUGGAAGGCAAAACGGAGCCGUCCCUAUCCUAUUUAACGUGCUCCACCUUUCAUUCUGUUUUGUCUGACAAUAGCAGUGCCACCUGGAUCCUCUGUCUGCAGCUUAUUACAUACUUUGUCAGCUUUCUUAGUUUUAAGUUUUUGUGCAGCUUUAUUUUAGGUGUUUUGGCAUAAAAUUUCUUUUUUAACCCCCUAAAACUUGAGUCCCACAAUUUGCAUGGAAAGAUCUACAUUAUAUAUUGUGAACUGAAAAAAAAAGCAACUUUCAAAAGGUAUAUACAUAGUAUCCCAUUUUUGUAAUAUAUA